GUUUGGAGGCAACAGUCGGAGAUGUGAGAGGAAAGUUAGUCAAGGGAAAACAGCUCCAUAAGAAAAAGGAGAAGACAGGAAUACGGGACUGCAGAAACUACUGGAAGUUUUUCGGAGAUAAAACAGAUAAAUAGCUGAUCGAUGUUACGAUUUUUUAAAAUCACUUUACUCGGUUUCACUUCUUAUCGUAUGUUACCGUGCGGUCUAAAUAAGUUUUCUGCAAUCAAUACCUUUUCUGAAGACCAGUUCCCCCAUACCUUGAAUUUAACAUGAUGGACUACAAUCUUCUGAACUUGAUAUAAACCCGUGUUUCUUUUAUUAUAAAGUGAGGGCGGGGAAAUUGAAAAGAAAAAAAACUGGUUUUGAAACUGGCUUCUAAGAGCAGACCUGUAAACAAUUUAUGAAAUAAUACGACGUGCGCCCGUGAAGUUAGUGAACUUCGCCCUGGUCCCGGUCUGGCCGCUGGGGGAUGCGCUGAUGCGGAUCUCUGUGGGGGCCGGCAAAGGCGAGGAGGAGAGCGCUACACGAAAGCAACUUUCCACUCGACCAAAGGCUCGGGAAGGCAACAUGGGUCAUAUGAACGGUUCCUUGCUGCUGGUGGCCUUUCUUCUGAUGUGUCCAGUCGCCGCGAAUACCCUGCUUGGGCCAUGGUUUGUCCGGGACCCCGCCAAUGUGACGCUCUCCCUGGGCAAGGCAGUGCAGCUGCAGUGCCGGCUGGAGAUGGUGGGGGGCGACAGGGAGCUGCCGGACGUGGUGUGGCAGAAAGACGGCGUGGCUUUGGACACCACCGACACGAACCAGGUGGAGAUCCCCAUCACCGAGGAGAAGUGGCAGAUUAUCAGCAAGCUAAGCAUCGAGAGUGCCCAAGUCCUGGACAUGGGGGAUUAUCGCUGUGUGGUGACCACUGAGGGACGGCAGGUCAUUUCACUGCAGGGCCACAUCCAGCUGGAAGGCCUUCCUCACUUUUCCACGGAGCCCCAAGACAUGACAGUGAUGGCCAACGUCAGCUUCAGUCUGCACUGCGUAGCCCAUGGUCCACCAGAACCAGUCCGGGUCAUCUGGCUGCAGGACGGGGUGCCAGUAAAUUCUCUGAUGGACCCCAUGUCCCUGUCGCCCUCCACGCUCACCCUAUCAGGACUCAACAAAACCAGCACAUUUUCCUGUGAGGCUCAUAACUACAAAGGGGUCGCCACCUCAGGUUCAGGCCUUGUGACAGUCAUACCGUCCCAGCCUCGGAAAGUGCACACCACUCAGGUCACCAACACCAGCCUACAUGUGUCCUGGCAGCCUAGCUUUGGGGGGGUCCAUCCCAUCACCGAGUGCUCAGUCCAGCAUUCCCACACCCCACGCUUUUUUCAUCCCCGGCCCGGUAGGCGAGAGAGGGGGGCUGAUUCAGCGGCUCGAACAGCAGGAACGGGAAGAAAUGUCGUGCCCUUUGAACCUGACCCCAACACACUGUCCAGCUCUACGGGCCACCAGCAGAAUGUGAGCGCCACGCUCUCCAGUCACGUGAUCUCGGACCUGGAGCCGCUGACAGCGUACAGAGUGCGGGUGGCUUGCCGCAGUAGUCAGGGGCAGUCUCCUUGGACGGACUGGGUCACGCUGAGUACUGCAGAAGGGGUGCCGGACUCUGCCCCGGAGAACAUAACCGCCAUACUGAACGGCACCGACGUGGUGGUGAGCUGGGCGGAGCCAACGGGCAAACUGAACGGACGCCUAAUGGGAUACCAGCUGGAGUACAGGACCCCAGAGACAAACCAGAUUGUCCUGGAUGUAGGGCUGUACCAUGAGCUGCCCAUCAACCUGUCAUCCCCCCUGUCCAAUGUGUCGUUCCGGGUGUGUGCCUACACAGUGGCGGGCCCGGGUCCCUGGAGCGACCUGCGCACGCUCACCCUCACACAGCCAGCGAUGGGCGAGUCCAGAGGCUUGUCCUCAUCAUCAACCCCCUCCUGGCAGUGGUGGUACGUCGUCAUGGCGAUUGGCAUUACCGUGGUGCUGGCAGUGCUGGCGGCGGUCUACGUGACUCGACUGCGGCGGAAGGAGACGCGAUUCGGGGAGGCGUUCGAGCCCAUGAUGGAGCGAGGACAGCUGGUGGUGCGCUAUCAGGCUCGUCGAACCUACAGCCGCAGGAGUAAUGAAGCCACCCUGAACCGCCUUGGCAUCAGUGAGGAACUCAAGCAGAAACUGCAGGAUGUGAUGGUGGACAGGCACAAGCUCACCUUGGGCAAGACCCUAGGCGAGGGAGAGUUUGGGUCUGUUAUGGAGGGCCUGCUUACUCAGGAGGAGUCUGUGCUCCGGGUGGCGGUGAAGACCAUGAAGAUUGCCAUCUGCACCCGUACUGAGAUGGAGGACUUCCUCCGAGAGGCCGCCUGCAUGAAGGAGUUUGACCACCCCAACAUCAUGAGGCUCUUGGGUGUGUGUCUGCAGACGGUGGAGGGUGAAGGUUACCCAUCUCCAGUGGUCAUCCUGCCCUACAUGAAACACGGAGAUCUCCACAGCUACCUUCUCUACUCCCGGCUAGGGGACUGCCCUGUGUUCCUUCCAUCUCAGAUGCUGGUGAAGUUCAUGACCGACAUCACGCGGGGAAUGGAGUACCUGAGCAGCCGAAACUUCAUCCACCGCGAUCUGGCAGCCAGGAACUGCAUGCUCAACGAGAACAUGACGGUAUGCGUGGCCGACUUCGGCCUGUCAAAGAAGAUAUACAAUGGAGACUAUUACAGACAAGGCCGCAUCUCCAAGAUGCCCGUCAAGUGGAUCGCCAUCGAGAGCCUGGCCGACCGAGUGUACACCACCAAAAGCGACGUGUGGUCAUUUGGCGUGACUAUGUGGGAGAUCGCCACCAGGGGGCAGACACCCUACCCUGGCGUGGAGAACAGCGAGAUUUAUGACUACCUAAGACAGGGCAACCGCCUGAAACAGCCCCCAGACUGCCUGGAUAGCAUCUAUGCCCUCAUGUUCUCCUGCUGGCUCCUGAGCCCCAAGGAACGACCCGGGUUCGAAUUCCUGCGCUGCGAGCUGGAGAAGACCCUGGAGGGGCUCCCAGACCUGCAGGACCCCGAGGAGAUCCUCUAUGUGAACAUGGAGGAGGCCGCGUCCGAGCUGGGCGCGGUGGGUGGGAGGGAGCCCCCCCCAGUCCCCCUGCCGGUCUUCACCAAGGCCUCAGACCCCCUGAUGGCUCCUUCUGAGGUGCAGCAGCCUGGUCGUUAUGUCCUCUGCCCCCAGCUGGAAACGCAGCGCUUCUUGUCAGACUCUGUGGAGAACCUGAGCCUGGCCACCUCUUCCUCCGCACCAGCUCUGCUCCUGCCACCCGCGGCACCCCGUGUGCCUACCCCCACAGCGGAGGAGCUUGGGGAAUGUGACAGGGCAGGCAGGAAAGUCCCCUGGCAGUGAGACACCCACCCAAACCCAUGGCCAGAAAGACUCAAUGGACACACACAGCUACACACUGCCGUAGAGGACAGAGUACUAAUUAGUAUCAGUCUGCACUACGAUAACAUCAACUCCCUUCGCUUUGCAUAUCAUCAAGAGAAGAGAGUGUAUAUAACUGCAGAAAUAACUGAAUGCUACCAUCAAACACUUGAAUUGGGACUGAUUUCUAUCGCCAGCAAGAGAAUUGAAGAUUUUUGAAAGAGGAUAACAAACACAACCAGCCAAGCCACCCAACUGGUGUGUUCAGUGGCCUCCUACCUUCAGAGAGGCUGCUUUGACCCCUCCAGGUCUGCAUGCUCCUUCCGCUGCUGGCUUGAGCACCUUGGACCUUCUGGCACCUCAAAGCAGAUUAAGGAGAAAUGAGAGCAGAAAUGUACAUUUACAGCACAUUGGCACAUUGAAACCUGUCAGGGUCAAGUUGUACCAUGUCUGAUAGGGCAGUGGAACUCAGCUUGGAGGUUAAUUUCCAUGAGUCCUCAUCUGGUGAUCUACCUAACUCGGUGUCAUGGGAAAGACAAUGGCCCUAGCCUGCAGGAGCAAACUUCACCGCAAGGGGGCGCACUGAACCUCCUCUAGGACUGGCAUUAGUGCAAAUGCAGACCCAACACUGAAGUGCCAAGUGCUCAUGUCUGGGCUGUUUAAAGUCCAAUUUAGUGACUCAAGCACAGUUGUUAAUGAUUUUUGUUUUCAAACAUAUUGCACUAAUAUUACUACAUGUUGUUCACGUAAUCAUAUUGUAUGUGUACCUCCAUGCUUUUCUUAAUGUUACAUUCAUCCUCGUGUCAACUUGCCCGGGAGUCAAAAUUAUCAUCACAAAGCACCAAACUAUGGGUCGCUCGUCCGAAUCAGCCCCGGCGUCAUGCUCGUGGAUCACCCUGCGCUGUAACCUCACUUCCUUUUACCAUCAUGAUCAUUGAAUUCUGUGGAGCAAUGUCGCCCCCCGAAGGGCAAAGUGAAAAUGAUGCUCUUCUCUUUACCACAUGGUGAGGUCACACUCACCAGUGCCUGUGGAAAUCCAGGACCUGUCAGCAGCAUGAGGAUCAGUAGGGGUUCCUCCCCCUGAAGACCAUAAGGCCCCAUUCCUUCAUCCUACGUGUGAACAUCCCCUGACCCUAAUUCCAGAUUAGUAACCGUCCUUUAGUCAAAGCUUGAUUUCAACACUUGCUGAGCAGUUUUUACAGGAUAUUUUGUUUGACUGACGGCCCAAAAAAAACACCUCUUUCCAAGUGAGAAAAAAACUGAUGCCAGAAGACCGAAUGAAAUGGAUACCGUGCCAUCUGCAGGUACACCAAGCUGCAAAAUUCCUUUUUAUCAUCGAGCACGAGUGAAUCAUAGGCUAAGAUUAUGUAGUAUUUGUAUCUUUUCCAUGACUGGUACCAGGUUUAUUAUUUAAUAUUUUUGUAUAAUUUGGACAUACACAUGACAAUGCAUCACCCUCAAGCAGGUGUUGGGAAAAUGGCUGUGGUCGGCACGCAGAUCUUCACCUAUAAUGGUGGACUUUCUUCUUUUUAAAUGGACUUUAAAAAUGUUAAAGUGUGCCUUCUGAAAGCCAGGACUUAGCUUUGAUACAAACUUAAUGUCCAUAUUCAGUGUUAAUUCUCCCAUCGGACUGGGAGAGAGGAGAAUUCAGCUGAUGUUACUUUUUUUUGUGGAGAUUUUUACAUUUGAAGCAUCAGUUUUUGUAUUAAAUAAAACACUUAAGAGUGACAAACUCAGGAGUGUG